UAUCGAGCUGCCGGCUGAGCCACGAAGAGCAAAAGAGAGAGGACACGCACAUAAUGGAGAGGACGUGGCGGAAUAUACGGAAGACGGCCUUUCUCUUAUCGCUGCCCUUACUAUUGGCCGGUGUGCGGAGUGAAGCACCGUUGGUCGACAGCAGUGCGUUGCCCUUGGAACAUAGAUCCGUCUAUGGGGCCCCGGCUCAGUAUGGCCCACCGGUCGCCCACGAAGAGAACUGGCCGCUUGCGUCGCCCGACACCCCGCAGAUCAAGCAUCUGCAGGUGCAGUGCGAGAAGACGCACAUGCGGGUGAACAUCGAGUUCGAUCGGCCGUUCUACGGUAUGAUCUUCAGCAAGGGCUUCUACUCGGAUCCGCACUGCGUCCAUCUGAAACCCGGCACCGGCCAUCUGAGCGCGACCUUCGAGAUCUUCCUCAACUCGUGCGGCAUGAGCUCGUCGGCGAACCACAACGUGGCCGCCUACGGCGCCCCGACGCCGUCCGGCAGCUACGUGGAGAACACGAUCAUCGUGCAGUACGAUCCGUACGUGCAGGAGGUGUGGGACCAGGCGAGGAAGCUGCGCUGCACCUGGUACGACUUCUACGAGAAGGCGGUCACCUUCAGGCCGUUCCAGGUCGACAUGCUGCACGCCGUCACCGCCAACUUCCUCGGCGACAACCUGCAGUGUUGGAUGCAGAUACAGGUCGGCAAGGGCCCAUGGGCCAGCGAGGUGUCCGGCAUCGUCAAGAUCGGUCAGACCAUGACGAUGGUGCUGGCUAUCAAGGACGACGAGAACAAGUUCGACAUGCUGGUGAGGAAUUGCGUCGCACACGACGGCAAACGGGCGCCGAUUCAGCUGGUCGAUCAGUACGGUUGCGUGGUCAGGCCGAAGAUCAUGUCCAGGUUCCAAAAGAUCAAGAACUUCGGCCCGAGCGCGUCGGUCGUUAGCUUCGCCUACUUCCAGGCCUUCAAGUUCCCCGACAGCAUGAACGUUCACUUCCAGUGCGUGAUCCAAGUCUGCCGGUACAAUUGCCCCGAGCCCAAGUGUGGACAUCCCGGUCUCGAGUACGGUGCACCUGCCGGCGGCAUUACUCACGAAUAUGGCGCACCGGUCUCGCAAGGUCUUUCUUCGGAGUACGGUGCCCCGCCUGUGCCCGAAUAUGGCGUACCGCCGGCUUAUCCCGAUCCGCGACAUCCCAGCGGACCGGCCGGAGCAUACAGCGAGCCGAAUCCGGACGUGGUUCCAGCGCCGCAAGCGCAGACCUCGUCCUCCUCGCCCAGCUCGACGCCGGGUGACGCUACGGCGAGCAGCUCGCCCCAAAGCCCCCAGGAUAAUAUCCAUCUCCCUCCGCCUCCUCUACCCGGCCAUUCGGCGGCGUACCAGACUGUAAAGCGAAAAGGAACCGCCGGCACGGAGGAGCUUGAGGGUAAUCUAGCUAUUCUCGGAGGUCGACCGAGGUCAGUUGAAGGUUUCCCGGCUGAGCUCAGAGGUGCUAGGAGGCGAAGGCACGACGAGCCGCACGACCUCGAAGACGAUAGCAAUAUCUAUCACACGGUGACCUUGUUCUCCACCCACGUGUACAAACGAGCGGCGCAGGAGAUGACGGACGUCAACACCUCGAGGGUCAUCCAGGUAGUCGCGCCGGGCGACGUUAAUUUCGCGCUGGGCACAACGAACUCCAGCAACGACACCACCGUGGUCAUACAGAACGCCAGCGCGUCCACCGACCCGGAGACGAUCUGCAUGAGCCUACCGGGUUUCGUGGGGGGUCUGGUGAUGCUGCUGCUGGUUGUCGUGGUGGCCUCCCUCGUCGCGGCCUUCCUCUUCGUCAGGGUGCGCGCCGUCGACCGCAAGAACGCCGCGAUAGGCGGCACCAGCUUCGUACAUCCGGCGUACGCGACCGAGAACUGCAGCAUGCCGAACCCGGAGUUCGUGAAAGUCGCCAACUGAAGAGGCGUGUACGGUGCGCAAAAUCAA